CCAUACAUUCCAGCCCUAGUCUGGAGAUGUGGAAGUCUAUCAGUCAGGUUACUCCCGCACACCUGCAGGCCCAGAGUCAGGGGCACAGUAAAGGUGAGUACUCUAUUAUCCAGACUUAACAAUCUUUAACACAUUGAAAGGUUGCCAAAUAAAUAAAAUAAGAUAAAACAGACUAGGAAUUACUGCUAACUGAGAAGCAACUUUAUCUUCCUUUUAAGGAUACAACUUUAUAACUAUUCUAAACAUUCCAACAUUCAAACAUUCCGAACAAUUUAAAUGUUAGCUUACAAAGAGUCAUCGGGUAAGUCCAAAAAAUAUCUAUUGGGGCAAAUUUUGUCAGCUUUAACGCAGUUCUUUAUUGCAUUAAUACUUACAGCAGGAGCAAAAAAACAAACAAUAACAUACAUGUUAAUGAAUUCUGAAAAAUAAAAUAUUAUUGCUUUACCAUGUACUGUGACUACACCAAUUUGUGGAUUUCAAGUUUAGAUUUAUCUCAGUAACAAUGCGUAUGAUGAUAAAAUUAAUUAUGGUGUUUUACAGUAUGGCAAACAGUGCUAUGUCAACAAAACUUUAAAAAACAAAACAAAACAUAGAGCCAUAACUACAAAUUGGAAAAUAGUGUAGCUCAUAAAUACUCAAUAAAUUAGUUAAAAGUCCAUCAUAAAUAUGUUAUUCAGGUAGUGGUUUAGUUAAAGAACAGUCAUAUACUGCAAAAGCCCUUAUUAUCUAAAAGGGGCACUCUAAGCAACAUCACCACUAGAGCUCAGCAGCUAAUCAAUGGGCAUCCAGAGACAGCCUCCGAAUCAGCCAACGGCAUAAAUUACACUUUCACAUUAUAACUUUAAAUUUUGUCCAAUCUGGAUUAUUUUGAAAGGCAAAACGCACUGGGGGUGUGUUAUCCAAGCAGUUUAACCAAACAAGAAAUCUCCUGCAGAUAUUUGAGUGGCUCCUCCUGAGUUUGACCAACCCGUAUUAGGUACAUAGUGUCUUCUAUAGUAUCCCCAACACAAAUAGCCUCGGCUACAUCAGACACAACUGGUUACACAUAAAAAAAAUUAUGGACAUUCAGAAAGCAGAGUUAAGAGACUCUGUUUUAAUAUCUGCUAGUGCUAACCAGUCUGCAUGUAUCUACCAGCUUACAGUGCUGAAAGUAAAACAAGAACCGAUAUUUCGUGAUAAUAGUUCCAUGUAUCUUGUAUCCUUUUAGCUCCUGGAAAAAUGCUAACUUCUGAUGAUCUAUCUACUCCUAGUAUAUCCGGGAGAACACCUCUGGGUGAGCUACUUGGUGAAGGGGAAUGUCUUAUGUUGGUACAAGACUUGGAACAGCGACUGAGGAACCAGAUUGAUAAAAUCGAACACCUUAAAUUAUCGGUGGCAGAGGUACGGUAUCUGCUCUGUUUUGCCUAUGGUUAUUCGCUAAGACAGCAAAUGUGGAGAAUUGACAAUAAGUUGAAAAUUUAGGCCGAAAUAUCAAAAUUGGAAGAGCUGAUCUUGAGAACUUCUUUUCAAUUCGGCUACUUUGGGAUAAAAUUUGAUGUUCCCUUGACCGUUGCAGGCUUAGUGAAUAAAAAAUAUAUAUUUUUGAGUGUUAAUUACGUAUUAUCAGGAGAAGUGUGAAUAUUAUAGUCAGUGACCACUUAUCUCGGUUGUGUUUAGCGAAUAUGAUCCUAAGAAACACAGGUUUGCAUGAGAGUCUAACGUUUGCUAGUGGUCUGUUUCAGGCUCUGAGCAAUAGCUCCAACAACACUGGUUUUAAAUCCAUUGAGCAGCACGGUGGGGACCUGAAGAUGUCUAUGGCAGAGCACACAGCCUUUCUGAACGACCUUAACAAGCGCACAGAAUCCUUGCAGAUGAGCAUCUCUCUAUAUAUACAGGUAUAAUCCAAUGAGACACAUGCCAACCUACAUAUUAAGCACACAGACAUGAAAUAGUUCAGAUGUGCUAGUCUAGCAUCUCACAAGAAGGCUAAAGGAAAACAAUGAAUGCCACCAGGCUGGACGUAGCUCAAUGAGGAGAACUUCCAGUUUUAAGCAGUCAGGAAGCGGCAUUUUCCAGAUCCCAGGUAAGAAGUCACACCAUCAGAAAAUGGUUUGACUACUUACAUGGGGGAGGUGAUUGGGGGCGGCACCAGAACACUCCUUGGACCAUAACCACUACAGUGUGCAGGCACCACAUUGGUCUUUGGAGUGUUCCUUUAAAAACUUCUUUUUUUUUUUUUAAAUUCUUUAUUUUCAAAAUUGUAGCAAUUGGAAACAAAAAAUUUGCACCACAGCGCAAUUAAACUAUAUAUAAAGGGACUCUUGUCCCCAUGGUGUAUACUGGUCUAAAAAAAAUAACAAGGAGAGUAUUGCUAUAACGUAACCCAUAUCAGUAUAUGAAAUUUAUUGUCACCAAUCAAAGGAAAUUAUUGUGAGGACAGAGGGUAUCGAUAAGCUUGGGAACAGGUCUAUGAAACCUUAAUAAAGUCAGCCUUGAGGUGCAAGUGGUAAUGCUAAAAUAGGAAUAAUUGCAAAAUUUUCACAGGAUGAUACCAUUAAUGAAUAAGUUUUGGGUGUUUUUCAAACUCUUUUCAUUCUUUUUUUUCUUACUAUUUGCUAUUUCUUCUUUAAUAUGGAUACGCUAUCCAAAACAUAGACUACAAUCGGGAGUAAAAGAGAAUUCAUCUUUACCUUGUACUAGAUAAAUCACUGGCACAUGCCCUUUCCCUGGGAAUUGUCAGAAAUGAUUUUAAGCUUAUAAAAGUUCUUCUGAUGAAUUAGGUGGCUGAGUUCAGAACUGAAUUCCUAUCGCCACCUGACCCUUCCUUGAAGCACAACUAACUUCCCUGUGUCAGAAUUUCCACCCCAUUCCUCAUAUUUAAACGGGAACGGUCCUUCUGAAAGUUGCUCCAUUAAAUUACUAUAAUUUAAUCGUGUUAACCUUUUUUCAUGAGAUACCCUGUUUUCUUUAAAAGCUAUAUUAAAGAUUUAGCAAACCACAUCAUCAUCCAGUUCAGACAAAGCGAAGCCAGGGUACACAUUGCAAACGAAAAGGAGAAAUAGAAACAUUAUUUAAUUUCAAUAUUUAUCUUAAUGCUCUCUCUAUGCGAACUGCCUGGUGCAAAGGGCAGAGCUUAUAACAAUGAUUGACAGGGAGCCAAGAUGGAGGCACCCAGUUUCAGGAUAAAGACUGAGGUGUGGAUUUCCACAUUUAAUUUGAUUUUUCACACACACAUAUUUGCUAAAUACAGGGCUAGGUUAACAUAAUAUUAAAAAUUCCUAAACGUUACCAACUCCUCCAUCUCCAUCCUCCACCCUCACAUCGGACCUUCUUGUACAGAACCUUCUUAACUUCUGCCUCUGUGACCCUCGGCCUCUCUAGUCCCCAAUCCAGUCUUCAUGGCACACCAGCAGUUACAUUUUUGUCAGUAUCCCAUUAGAACAGAGUUAGGAAAUAUCUAAAUCCUGGAUUCUAGGUUGCAUGGUUAUCAUGUAAACAUGGGCUUAACAAUGAUCCCAAGCUUGUUAAGUUCAGCUUUUUAUAAAAAGAUUACCACAAAAAGCAAAAAAUAAAUAAAUUGAUGAAGGUUUCUCCUUGUAUCAACAAGCUAUUUACUCCACAUAUUAAAGGGAUUCUCCAGUGCCAAGAAAACAAACCCGUUUUCCUGGCACUGGAGAAUCCUGGAGUGCUCCCCUCCCUCCCACCCCCCCAUCCCACGUCUCUGAAGGGGUCCCUUGGUGAUGGGUCAGGCACCACCCACGCUCCUCCCCCGCCGACAUCAUGCUUCUGCACUCUUACUGCUCAAUUCACUACCAUUUAGGAGUUAAAGGGAUACUAUAGUGCUAGGAAAACAAAGUCUCAUUCUUAGCAAUUGUAUUCACCCGCAGUGUAAGGGUUAACGCCGCAAGCACAAGGCCCAGUUUCUCGGAAAAUGCAAUACUACCAUUGCAGGGUUAAGGGGACAGGGUCACUGCACCCAGACCACUUAAAUGAGCUGAAGUGGUCUGGGUGCCUAGCCACACCUCCCAUGGCUGUGACUGACACAGCCUGCAUGGGAACAACAUGGUUUCAUUUCAAUCAGAUGUAAAUUACUUUUAAAGUUUUUUUUUUUUAAAUCUCCUGCUCUGUAAAUUGAACUUUAAUGACCUACAGGAGGCUCCUGUAGAGUCUAGCAAUAAGUUAACAGAGUAGUAGAUAAGAAACUAUAAAUUAAACAGAAUGUGCAAUAAAGGAAGUGCAAACAUUAGAUGACUCUUUACAGGAAGUGUUUAGGAAGACUAUGUAAGUCACUUGCAGGGAGGUGUGACUGAGGCUGUAUAAACAAAGUGAUUUAGCCCCUAAAUUGUAGAAAAUUGAGCAGUGAGAUUGCAGGGGCAUGAUAUAUACACCACAACUGCUUCAUUAAGCUAAAGUUGUUUUAGUGACUAUAGUGUCCAUUUGAAUAUGCUAUUUUUACAAGUAUCCAGAUGUUUUGCUUUUAAAAAAAUCUGCAUUUAGUCCACCGAAACUCUGUAAGGCAGAGAAUUCCACAUCUGUAUUGUUCUUACUGCAAAGAACCCUUUCCUCUGCUGUAAGCAAUAUCUCUUUUCUUUAACUUUACAUAAGUUGACUCUUUUUCUUUGUACAGUCCUAUUAAUGAACAGGUAACCAUUUUCUAUUUUGAUGAGUGGGUUAGAAACCACUGCAGUAGACUAUAAGCUGGUAAGCAGCACAUUUGGACCUUUCCACAGUACAUAGUAAGAUAUUUUAUGUAGAGUUUUACUGUAUUAGCUUAUUUGAAACCAUGUUUUUGAAUUGUACUAAUUAGUUUUAAGGUGUGGUAUUGAAAUAAACAUUAUCAAGAAUAAUAACCUUCAAAACGUCUGUAUGUCCUGGUUUUUGAAGGUGAAAACUUUGCCCAAGGUUUGGUGUAGCAGGCGAAGUAUCAGACGGCGUAGACAGCUAGUAGAUGACACCCAGUCUGAGCUUGGUUGGAACCCCGCAUGGCCAAGAAGGAACAGCAAUUCAUCUGAGAUGUCCUGUGCCUGGUGACAAUGUGACAAACCAAGAUGUUGCAAUCUAAUAUCAUUAUUUUAUUCUCAGGGUUUUUGGGGGGGGAUUAUAAAUCAAUUUAAUUGGUUGAAGUGGGUCAUUAAUCAAUAGAAUAUGAAAAACCUACAUAACUGUUAUUCACAUUUUUUGUACUAAAUAAAAAAAAAUAAUAAAAAAAGUAAAUAAAAAUUCGGUUUUGAUAUUACAUCAAUAGAUUUAUUUACCCUUUCUUGUUUUUCAAAGACCAGUUUAUUUAGCAACUAUUAUGUAGCACCUCACACAUAAAUGUGUGGAAGGGAUUAAUUACCUUCAGGUUACCAAUAAAGGUCAUGUACAUUAAACAAGUAUAAUUUGUUUUUAUUUUUAUUAAACAAGUAAAAUAUAUUCGUACCUGUUUCUGAAGCCUAGCUGAUUAAGUGGACUGUGAGUGUUCUGUGUAAACUUAUAAUGACAUCAGCUCAACCAUGGAAAUCAGUGCAUAUGGCUGCAUAUUGUGGCUAUGGAAAGUCAAGGUCAAAAAAG